AUGACUGACGUAUCAGGAACCACAAAAACAGUAAUAACAGUAUUCACGGCCACACAUGCCACGGAUCGAGAGGUUGAAGACAGUAAUGUGUCGAAGAAAGACAAAACGUCUCUGAAGGAGAAGGAGAUACCUGUCGUACAUGAUCAGGGCUUCUUCCAGCAUGACACUGGAGAUUCAUAUGAUGGAUACUUCGAAGCGAAGAAAAAGGAUCGUGUGAUUAAAAUGCAUGGGUUUGGUGUUUAUACGACAGCUGAAGGCGAUCGGUACCAGGGACACUGGGAUCAAGAUAGAUUCGGCUGGACUGACGAGGUUGUAAUAUCGUACAUCGACGGUGCAAAAUUCGAAGGAAUUGUAAAAGAUUGGUCUUAUGCAGGCAAGGGUAAAUACACCUAUCCCGAUGGAGGUCAUCUGCACUGUGAAUUUGCGGACAAUUGUCCAACAGGCAACCUGCGGUUGACGGAUCCUAAUGGGCACAUCUGGUUGGGUAAGGCUGAAUUAGGAUUCGCAUGGUUCGAACCUGUUAAUCACUUUUAUGAUUUCUUGGAAACGGCUAGUGCGACGAGAUCGAAGCGCCGCCACCAUAAAGGUAUGUCCAAGAAGUCUUUGUCGCGUUCUAAACAUAAGUUGGCUUCUAGUCUUUCAUACCAAAACAUUAAGAAACGAGAGAUUAGUAUGACAUAA